AUGAUACAGCAAGGGUUGCUUCAAAGGGUUCCUCCUGGUGGAAUCAGAUGGGCUUCACCGCUUGUGGUUGUUAGAAAAACAGACGGAGAUUUACGCAUUUGUGCGGAUUACAAAAUAGGUGUUAACCAAAAAAUAUGCUCAGACUCAUAUCCCAUCCCAAACAUUGAGACCGUAUUUCAUAAAAUGGCAGGGAUGAAAUAUUUUGCUAAAAUUGAUCUCAAGGGAGCUUAUCAUCAAAUUGAGAUGGACAAAGAGGCACAAGAAAUAACAACAGUUAAUACCCCUAUUGGAUUAUUAAGAUGGACCUGUUUACCUUUCGGAAUUAAGACUGCAAGUGCGAUAUUUCAAAGAGCGAUAGAAUCUGUUGUUGGCGAUAUUAUUCCCAAUAUGAUUAUAUUUCAAGACGAUAUAUGUGUCGGUGCUAAAAAUGCUGAAGAACUCAAAUCGAAUUUAAACAAAAUAUUGAGCAAAUUGAAGGAAUCGGGAAUGAGCAUAAAUAAACGAAAGUCAGUGAAUGAAACAAAAAGUCUUUCAUUUUUAGGAUAUGAACUGUCAGAAAAAGGAGUUACCCCAGAUCAGAAUUUAGUCAGCAAAAUACUUGGAAUAAGUCCUCCUAAUAAUAAAAAGGAACUCGAGUCAUUUAUAGGAUUAAUAAACUUUUAUGGUCGACACAUUGAUAAAUAUGCUAAAAAUUUUUUACCUUUAAACAAUUUAAGAAAGAAAGGAGUUACAUUCGAAUGGAGGAAGGAGCAUCAACAGGUUUAUGACAUCAACCAAGAUCUAGAGUUAACAACAGAUGCUAGCGAGAAAGCUAUAUCUGGAAUACUUUCACAGAAUGGCCACCCGGUAUUGUAUCUCUCACAAACUUUAUCAGACGCUGAGACAAGAUAUUCUAAUAUUGAGAGAGAAGCUUUAGCUAUUGUAUGGUCUGCUCGCAGAGCUAGGCAUUUUCUGUUGGGUAGAAAAUUCAAAUUAAUAUCAGAUCACAGGCCAUUAGAAUUUAUAUUUGAUAGUAACAAAGAAUUGCCCAAAGUCACAUCCGCUAGAAUUUUAAGAUGGGCCAUACAAAUGAUGGCAUUUGACUACGAAAUAAGCUACAAGAAGGGAGAAAACAUUCCUCAUGCUGACGCAUUAUCGAGAUUGUCCUUUCUACCACAAUAUGAAGAGAAAGACCAAGAAACAUUUAUACGCUUAGUCGAGUCAGAUAUAGUGAACCUUGAGCAAAUAAUAAAAGAAACAGAAAAUGAUAGGGUAUUGAUGGACAUCAAAACCAGAAUUAGGAAGAAUAAUUGGAGCAGAUGCUCGGUAACAAAAAGACCCUAUAAAUCUAUUUGGAAUAAACUGACUAUCGAAAAAGGAAUUGUAUGUAAUGGUGACCUCAUUGUACCUCCUAAGACAAUGAGAAAGAUCUUCAUCAAAUCGAUCCAUGAUGAUAUACAUUGUGGUAUAAUGCAAACGCGAUGUAGAUUAAAAUUAGAAGCCUGGUGGCCUGGCUACUGUCAAGAUGUUGAAGAAUAUGUGAAAAACUGUGAAAAAUGUGCCGAAAUAAAAGUGAAGAAGGAAAGGACAUUACAUACAUGGCCAAGUAAAAAUAAACCUUGGUGUAGAGUACAUAUGGAUCAUGCACAUGUACAGGGUAUCGGACUGUUUUUGAUUUUAGUAGAUUCUUUUUCUGGAUGGCCGGAAGUUAUUAAGGUAAAUAACCGUGAAGCGACCACUGUAAAGGCAGUACUACAAAGUGUUUUUUCAAGAAAUGGAGUUCCAGAGGUUUUAGUAUCCGACAAUGCUGCGGAAUUUUAUGAUACCACCUUACACCAGUGGCUAAAGAAAGUAGGUUGCGUACCUUAUAAGACUCCACCUUACCAUCCUCAAUCGAACGGAGCAGCUGAAAGAAUGGUAGAGACAGUUAAGAUGGGUUUAAGAGCUUAUUCACCGGACAAAGGUUUAUUAUGCGGAUAUUUAAGCAGAAUGCUUUUAAGUUACAGAACAAUACCUCAUGCAGGAAGAUCAAGGAGUCCUUCCGAGAUGAUGGGAAGGCAGUUGAGAUCCCCUCUCACCAUGAGUUUCGAAAGUGGGACACCUUUAUGGUACCGUCAAAAACCAGAUUCCAAACCUGAACCUGCCUCAUUCAUCUUUCAGGCAGGUCUAAACACUGCGAUCAUAUUAAGGAAUAACUCUUCGGGUACGUUAGCACACUGUGACCAAAUAAACAAACGCCUAAAUGAGCCUAGUAUACUUAUGAAUAAUGAAGACAGUAUGCGGUAUGAUCAUACCAGUAAUGAAAAAAUUGAUCCAUGCAAUAGUGAUAAAUCUGAUAUGUCCGAACUACGUGUUACUAAAGAACCUAACCAGAAUCGAAGAAGUACUCGGUCGACAAGGGGGCAAAAGCCAAUACGUUUCAGGGAUGUGAAGCCGUGA